UAUACAGCACAAACAUUCUGGAAAAUUUCCAAUUCAGGGGCAGCAAUGAUAUUCCACAUCCUCUGACGUCAACGUUACCUCAAAACCGUUGCGUCGUCUUUAUUCCGUCAAACCCAACGCCGCCCAAUAAACCACCUCUCCGUUCUCCUCUCCCCCAAAAUUCAAAUUCCAAAUACCUAAGAUUCGCUAAAAUCCCUUCCCCGUCGCCACAUCGCAUGAACCCUUGAAUUCCGAUUCGGAUAGGCAUGUCCGGAGCGGCCUUGUCGCCGCCGACGAAUUCGAAGUCGCUGACGCAGACGGUGAGCGGGUCGCACAAGUUCGUGAUCGAGGGCUAUUCGCUGGCGAAGGGGAUGGGAGUGGGGAAGCACAUUGCGAGCGACGUGUUCACCGUCGGAGGUUACCACUGGGCGAUCUACUUCUACCCCGACGGCAAGAAUCCCGAGGACAAUUCCGCCUACGUCUCCGUCUUCAUCGCCUUGGCCAGCGAAGGCACCGACGUCAGGGCGCUUUUCGAGCUCACGCUCCUCGACCAGAGCGGCCAGGGGAAGCACAAAGUUCAUAGCCAUUUCGAUCGCUCCCUCGAGACCGGUCCCUACACGCUCAAGUACAAGGGAAGCAUGUGGGGCUACAAGCGGUUUUUCAGACGGUCUUUGCUUGAAACCUCUGAUUUCCUCAAGAAUGAUUGUUUGAAAAUCAACUGUACAGUUGGAGUUGUGGUUUCAGCAUCUGAUUGCCCACAACAUUACUCUAUUAACAUCCCGGAAUCUGACAUUGGAUCACACUUUGGUGCACUAUUGGAUAAUAUGGAAGGUUCAGAUAUUAUUUUUGAUGUAGCUGGGGAAAAGUUCCAUGCUCAUAAGUUGAUGCUGGCUGCCAGAUCCCCAGAAUUUCGAUCUAAAUUUCUUGAUGGUUUAGAUGAGGAAAAGAAUGAGAUUAUUGUAACAGAUUUAGAACCAAAGGUUUUUAAGGCCAUGCUGCACUUUAUCUACAAAGAUACUCUUACGGAAGAGGUGGCCACGGUUUCAUCAACCACUACUAGCCAUUUUCCGGUUUCUGAAACAUUGACUGCAAAAUUGUUAGCUGCAGCAGACAAGUAUGGCUUGGGUAGGCUUAGAUUGAUCUGUGAAUCUUGUCUUUGUAAGGACAUUUGUGUGAAUUCUGUAGCCGAUAUUUUAACCUUGGCUGAUCAUUGCCAUGCCACGGAGUUGAAAGCUGUUUGCCUAAAAUUUGCUGCUCAAAAUCUAGCAGCUGUCAUGAGAUCAGAUGGAUUUGAGCAUAUGAAAGAAAAAGGCCCAUGGCUACAAUCAGAGAUCCUGAAGACAAUUGCUGGGGGUGAGGGUGAAGGUUCCAGUGCAGUGGAAAAAUCUCAGAGUGUAUGGGGCCAACUUUCAGAUGGUGGUGACACGAAUGGUAGAAGGGUCAGGCAGAGAAUCUGAUAUAUGUUGUCACACUGGUAUCUCUAUGUCUAUGAUUCUUUUGUAAAAUGCAGGUGAUAAUGCUGACAAAUUGGGGGGUAAAAAAGAACACGGCAAAGAGGGAAAACCCUCUUCUGUCCAACUUUUCCAUGUUUCAAUGGAAAGUUUAGAAAAAGCAGGUAGACUAGAUGUUAUGCAGGUUUUUUUUUUUAUGUAAAUGUCAUCAGUGGGUGUAUGUUGUUAGUGCAGAGUGGUCAUUGAAAAUGAGCUUAUCUGCAGUAGACUAUUGAUACUGACUAUACUUUGGAAGUGGAUAUUUGGUUGCUGGACUUUAUCUCUUCCAUUUGCUUUCUCCUUUUCUGUACUUGGUUCCAACCAAAUGUUUUUAGAAGUAGGUUCAUUAGGAUGGCUGUUGUUAUACCAUGUACAAAAUAUUCAUUUUGUAACAAUUGUUUUUUCAUGGCACACCUGCUAGAGCCAGUGAUUCUGGUUUGGUGGUCUGUUUUGAUUGACGUUGAUGACAUUAUGUUGCCCAGCUAGCGUGAAUACACCAUCCUUUUUUUUUUUUUUUCUUAUUU